CUGAAGCAUUCAUUCGCUCUUUCGGUCUUAUUCCGCACCCAUCACCUCGGCAGCUGGAUUGUCAAUCGCUUUUGCUUCGUUUGCACUGUCUUCCUCCCCGUCUCCCAUUGUUCUUUCUGUUCAUCAGACUCGAUGUAUGCUCAUGUAUUUACGACGUCUCUCCUCUUCCUGGCGCUGAUAGUGCCGGAAGCUUCGGCCUGCCGCACCGGUGUCCGACCAAAUCCUGCGACUGGGAAGGCCAUCUACUUCAUCACCAACGACGCGGUGAAUGCGGUUGUUGCCUUGCCAAUCGGAGCUGAUGGCCUGCUAUCGGCCGCCGGUACAUUUACUGCAACGGGCGGUGCAGGUGCGAAUUCUAUCGAUGGCGCGACAAACCAGCCUGCCGCCCCGGAUGCUCUGGUGUCGCAGUCGGCCCUGACUAUAGCAGGCAGUAACCUUUUUGCCGUCAAUGCUGGUUCCAACACCGUCAGCAUGUUUGCGAUCAACCCGGCAGAUCCCACCAGGCUCAGCAUGGUUGGUCAGCCAGUGGCGGUACUCGGCGAAUUCCCCAACACCGUCGCUGCGUCGGACAAGAACAGACUGGUCUGCGUUGGUUCAUCUGGUGCAAAAGCCGGUAUCUCAUGCACGUCCUUUUCUGCACGAGGCAUGGCCGCCAUGGAUGGUCUUCGCGUAAUCGACUUGCAACAAACGACGCCACCAGUGGGACCGACGAACACAGUCUCCCAAGUCUUUUUCUCAAACGACGAGAACACCUUGUUCAGCACCGUCAAGGGCGAUCCAGCCCAGAACAAUACUGGGUUCCUCGCGUCCUUCCAGGUCCAGGCGAAAGCGAAUGGUCUACGCUUCGGUGCCGCAGCUGCUGCUGUUAGCGCACAAGGCACAGCGUCUUCGCCAGACGGCACUGCCGUUCUCUUCGGAUCUUCGACAAUUCCAGGCUCCACCGACCUCUUUGUGACUGACGCGUCGUUCGGAGCGGCGGUUCUAUCUGUGGAUCUUGCAACUGGCGCUGCCACUGUCAAGGGAAAGACGGCACUGGACGGUCAGAAAGCUACCUGUUGGGCCGCUGUCUCUCUGGCGACCAACACGGCGUUUGUCACGGAUGUUGGCGUGAAUCGUGUAGUGGAGAUGUCGUUGGCAGAUGCGAGUGUCGUGGCAACUGUGGACCUCAGUGCGAACGGCGAUCCGGGCUUGAUUGACCUCAAAGUUGCGGGGAACUUUCUCUAUGCUUUGAGCCCUGGUGACGGCACGACGCAGCCUGCGGUGGCGGUGUUGGAUGUGAUUAGCAAGCAGCAGGUACAGCACGCUGAGUUGCAGGCCUUGGGCGUCGGCAAGAAUGCACAAGGAAUGGCUGUGCUUUUGUAGUUUAGAAAUGGUUCAAACCGCGGAGCUUUAUGCUAUGCCCCUACAGCAGCUAG